CAUACCCACCCCGUUCGACACUGGAGAAGGGCAGAAUGGCGGCGACGGCGGAAGGUGCGAACUCGGCUCUGGCAUCGGACCUAGACUCGCCGGCACAGCCCGGCCUCCACCUGGCGCAAUUUGCAGCGGGGUGCUUCUGGGGGCUGGAACUGGCCUUCCAGCGCCUGGAAGGGGUGGUGAAGACCGAGGUGGGGUACUCGCAGGGCCACCUCCCGGAUCCCACCUACAGGGCCGUCUGCGGCGGCGACACCGGCCACGCCGAGGUCGUCCGCGUGCACUUCGACCCCGCCGCCUGCCCCUACCCCGCCCUCCUCGCCCUCUUCUGGUCUCGUCAUGACCCCACCACCCUCGAUCGCCAGGGAAAUGAUAUUGGCACACAGUAUCGAUCAGGGAUCUACUUCUAUAGUGAGGCACAAGCUAUAUUGGCAAGGGAAUCUAUGGAACUGAAACAGAAUGAGAUCCAGGACAAGAUUGUGACAGAGAUUCUACCAGUAAAGAGAUUUUACAGAGCAGAAGAGUACCAUCAGCAAUAUCUAGAGAAAGGUGGUGGAAGAGGACUGAAGCAAUCUGCAAGAAAAGGGUGCGAUGACCCUAUCAGAUGCUAUGGUUGAUGUGAGCAGGUUUACCACAUGUUGAACUUGUCAUGCUUUUUGUCUUUCACUGUGUCAAGGUAAGGAUGGAUUGUUGAGUUUGUUUAGAAUAAAGCAUGCAGUUUCUACUAGUUUGUUGUGUAGCAGUACUUAAAUAAGCCCAACUAUAGUUGACCUUAUGAUGGAUAUUCAUGUACUUCUAUCUCAUUAUGCCAUGAAAAGGCUUGGAGUUUCUGAAUGA